GUGUCGUCGGUGUUUUGGUGCCGGAACCACCUCGCUUCGCUCCCACUGGCAGCAGGUCCGAAGACGACGGUUUAGAAUGUGCUGGGGGCAAGAAGAUUGUAUCCUUGGGACUCGAUUUCGGCGUCGUACUCGAAUUCCAGUUGCGGGGACAUCAAGGAGCGCGGAGACGGUGGCCCAGAGGCCGUCGAAGACGAUGCUGGGUACAAGGAAGAUGAUCCACCAGACUGUGUGAACCCCGAUCCGUGUGUGAGGACAGAGUCGCGCUGGCCCAGGUCGUAGAGCUGAGGGACCGAGGGAAUGCGCGAAAAGGCCGACGGAGGAGCCUGGUAGACCUGUAGACGAUGAGAAAGUGUGAAUUGGGGAUGAUGCAAGUCACGUACGGGCCGAGUGCUGCUAGUACUAGCUUCAGGCUCUUGAGCAGGCUCUGUGACGACCUGCCCCCCGAAAAGGUAUCCCGGAAGUUGAGGAGAGGGCGGGAGGAUGUCAGCGGCCCCCUCCGGUGUCGAGGAGCUGACCGUCUUGGAGCGGGCCCUUAUCCUCGGCUUGCGAGUGAGGCUGCUCGUACUUUUGAGACUGGCAUUACUGCCCACAGAGCGCAACGACCCAGGCGCAUUGUGGACUGUGGCAGACAUGGUCAGCCUCGUUCCGAAUUUCCAUUUCUAGCGGUUUGACACGCGCCAAACUUUUGACACCGAUGUGGGACUGGCCACCAGAACAGUUGUUGUUACGUACGUACGCGCAACUCGUUCGCUCCUUUUCCUGUUCUACCAUGUCCUGGCUCGCCUCCUUUUUGCCUCAAGAUGAUGGCUGGCUUCCCUCGUGGCAGCUCCUGGUGUCCGUCAUGGCAGUGUUCAAUAGCAUUCAAAACUUGGUUACACUCAAGCUGACCAAACGAAUCUACAACAACGUGUCCUCGACUGAGCCGGUCACGGCACUUCAAGCGCGAACUUUCGCAGUUUGGACGCUCACUUCGGCUGUUGUGCGCUUCUAUGCUGCAUACCACCUGCGAGAAAAGAUUGCCUAUGAUAUGGCCCUGUUCACGUACCUCAUCGCAUUCGGACACUUUGGCUCCGAGCUGCUGAUAUUCAGGACCGCGACGCUCAACCCUGGUGUCAUCAGUCCUGUGAUUGUUUCCACUACAUCGCUUGUCUGGAUGUUUACUCAGUAUGAUUACUACGUCAAACCCUAAGACUUGAGUCUCGAACGUUUUCUACGACUGCGUCCUACAUCGUUGUUCUUCGAUUCGACAAAACUUGGAAGGAAUUGAUAAAGGGAAUGUUUGCACGAUGUCGACAGAGUGGGAAUGGACUCGUAAACUGUGUUCAGGGGCGAUCUUGAUCCGCAUCGCUAUCUGUCGGUCGACCAUGCAUUCACCAGUGAACGCCUCAGACCGACUUCGUUCGCCGAUACAACCUGAGUUCGCGCCGUGUCACGGUCACGUGGUCAGGUCACCUGAUGGUAGGCCGGAUCUCUUGGUACAGCAGAUUGCUUUGGCGCGUCCAUAUGGUCAAGUCCUGAGUUGGCACAGUUUCCCGAAUUUUUGAAUCCGCUUGAACAGCUGGAGAAGGACAAGGGGAGGGGGAGGCUUAUGGUGCCCAGCCGCCAAUGACUGGGUAACUUUGACCGAGGUGUGAGUAAGUGAUUGCAGUAUGUCAGUACUUGUCGACUGCUCGUGUGUUAUGUGUGACGCCGGUUAUGACUGCUGACCUUCGGGAGAACUUACAAGCUGCGGUGGGCUUAGCGGCCUUGUCGCUGAUACUGAGAUGAAAUGUCUUGGUAUGAUUGAGAAUCAGAUUGCUUUGACCGAAUGCGCGGAAUACCUGACUCGAAUUGUUUGUGAAAUAUCGAUGAAUACACUCGAUGAAGUUGCGUGAAACUCCUUUCUGUGCAUUUCACGGCUAUGAACGACGCCUUGCAAACACCGGCUCGAGCCAGCUGGACAGCGAUGACAAGCGGUUGACAGCCGGGGAGGCUGUGCUGCUGUAGCCUUUCAAUCAUCACAGCCACUGAGACUCUUGUCUACUUUCCCUCACUUCGUGCUCUCAUUCCGCAUCGUUUUCGAUAUGUACAACAACAACCAAGGAUACGGAACACCUCCACCAGGCUUCCCGAACGCUAAUCCUUACGGAUCGUCUCCUGGAGGCCAAUACGGGCCUCCGGGCGGAGGAUAUAACCCGAGCUAUGCGCCGCCCUCGGGCCCCCCUCCUCCUCAUGGUUACGGUCCUCCGCCGGGGCCUCCACCUCACGGAUCUGGGGGACCGCCAUUCCCGGGAUCCGGCUCCUACGGGCCUCCGUCGGGACCUCCCCCGCCCCCUGUCAACCGAGGCAGUUACCCUGGACAGCAGUAUCAUCAACAACACCCGCCGCCUCAUCAUCAGGGCGGUGGCUAUCCAGGCCAAUUUUCGCCUCCUUCUGGGCCACCUCCAUUCGCACAUCACCAGUCGUCCUAUGCUCCUCCCCCUGGCCCACCACCUAUGCCACCUUCGGGAUACCAGAAUUAUGGUCCCCAGGGUGGCCAGCAGCCUUACUUCCAGUAUUCACAAUGUACGGGUAAGAAGAAGGCUCUGUGUAUCGGUAUCAACUACUUUGGGCAAUCCGCUGAGCUGCGGGGAUGUAUCAACGACGCUCGAAACAUCCAGCGCUUCCUAUGCGAUCACUUUGGGUACCGGAUGGACGACAUCGUGAUGCUGACUGAUGAUUCGCAAAACCCGCAGCAGGUGCCCAAUAAGGAGAACAUCCUCAAUGCGAUGCAAUGGCUGGUCAGAGGAGCUGCUCCCAAUGAUUCGCUCUUCUUCCAUUACAGUGGUCAUGGCGGUCAAACGAAAGACAUGGACGGCGACGAGGAGGAUGGUCAAGACGAAGUCAUUUAUCCUGUCGACUUCCAGGACAACGGGCACAUUGUUGAUGAUUUGCUGCACGAAAUCAUGGUUCGGCCUCUUCCGGCAGGCUGUCGACUCACUGCAAUCUUCGACUAUUCGACGGAGGGUAAACUCAAGGAACCCAAUCUGAUGGCUCAAGCCGGCACUGGAUUGAAGAAUACGUUGACCGCUUAUGCUGGUGGAGAUAUCGGUGGAGCACUCUCCUCGGCGAUGGGAUUGUUCAAGACCGCGACGGGCAAUGGGCAAAAGGCGGAGCAGUACUCUCGGGCGACGAGAACCAGUCCUGCUGAUGCCAUCUCCUUUUCUGGGUGCAAGGAUUCCCAGACGAGUGCUGAUGCAGUCGAAGCCGGCCAGGCGACCGGGGCCAUGAGUUAUGCUUUCAUGACUGCUUUAACCCAGAACAAGAAUCAGAGUUAUCAACAGUUGUUGAACUCAUUGCGUGAUAUCUUGCGCAGCAAAUAUUCUCAGAAACCGCAACUGUCCAGCUCUCAUCCCAUGGAUACUUCAUUGUUGUUCAUCUGCUGAUUCUAUAAUUACAACGGAUCGGUAUACAAAUAGUUAGCGAGUAUUACAAGAAGUUGAGUGAUUCAAAGCUAUCUCUAGCAGGCCAC